AUGGCAUUUGCAGUGCUCAUUCUAGGUCUUUGCUCUGGCCUAGCUCAGGCUUUUUUUCAUGACUGCUCAGAACCUGGUGCUCAAGUUAUUACAUUAGAGAGGAAGAGCAUUGCAUUGAUAGAUGAUGUUGGUUAUUAUUAUUCUGCUGCAGUCUACAUGUGUCACAACAAUGAGUACAUACCAGUUUGCUCUAAUGCAAUACGGUCAUUUGAGGCAGCCUUAGUGUGCUCUACUACAUUAGAUCUGUAUGCAACUAAUGUUCCUGGAGUUGCAAUUGGCAAUUUAUCAGACUAUCAGCCAGAUAAAUAUAGAGGGCCUUACUACAAAAAUGUGACGUGUCUGGGAAAUAAAAUAGAUCCAAGCCUUUGUCAUGUUGAGGUUGGUUAUGAUAACAGGUCAUGCAGAGGUCAUGGUGGGGUUGCUGUUGUUUCAUGCUUCACUGAAGGUUGUGAGGAGUCCCUAUCUUAUAGCUUACCAAUUAGCUCUGGCAGUCACCACAGGCUACUGGCUUCAGUAUUAUCACCUGUAAAGUUUCAAAGAUUUGUUAGCUCUUCAUCAAUUUUGUGUAAUGAGUAUAAGAUAGUUAAUACUCCUGCAUUUGCUGAGUCAAUCUCGGAGGGCAAUGUGAAGUGGGACAAAAAUGUUGGCGAUUUUGUUAAAGAAGACGAAAUUAUAGCAGAGAUUGAAACUGAUAAGUAUAGUACAGCAUCGCCUCCUACACCUAAAGAAAGUGCCACACCUCCUCCUCCUCCUUCCCCUCCCUCUGCUCCUCCUCCUCCUGCCACUUCUGCUGCUGGUCCUAUACCAACUACACCUCCUCCACCUCCUCCUUUACCAACAAUGCCAUUAGGUAAUAUUCCUCCUCCUCCUCCUCUUCCGUCAUUUUCUGCUCCCUCUCAGUCCGCGGGUGUGGUCAGUCGUUCGGAGAAAAGAACAAAGAUGUCAAGGAUGAGACAGAGGAUAGCCGAGAGGCUCAAGGAGGCACAGAAUGUCAAUGCAAUGCUCACCACUUUCAAUGAAGUGGACAUGUCUAGUGUCAUUGAGCUUAGGAAGAAGUUUCAAGACGCGUUUGUAAAGAAGCAUGGUAUCAAGCUUGGAUUCAUGUCGCCAUUUGUAAAGGCAGCUUGCUCAGCACUUGAGGAUCAACCAGUAGUAAAUGCAGUUAUUGAUAAUAAUGAAAUCAUCUAUAGAGAUUACAUUGAUAUCAGUGUUGCAGUAGCUACACCAAAGGGUUUAGUUGUUCCUGUUGUAAGAAAUGUCAAUGUUAUGAAUUAUGCUGACAUUGAAAAAGAGAUUGCAAGCCUGGGACAAAAGGCAAGAGAUGGUGCAUUGGCAGUAGAGGAUAUGGAUGGAGGUACUUUCACUAUCAGUAAUGGAGGAGUAUAUGGCUCAAUGUUUGGUACACCAAUCAUCAAUCCACCACAGUCGGCCAUACUGGGCAUGCAUGGGGUAUUUGAUAGACCUGUUGCUAUUGAAGGAAAAGUUGAGAUUCGCCCAAUGAUGUAUAUAGCACUGACCUAUGAUCAUAGAUUAAUUGAUGGUCGUGAAGCUGUGCUCUUCCUUAGGAAAAUCAAGUCAGGAGUUGAAGACCCACGCAGUCUGUUAUUAGACCUUUAGAUGUAAUUGUAUGUGGACUGUAUACUAUAUGUUUAAUGGAGUGUACAUGUACACACACGCUAUACAAUAAUAAAUAGAAAUGAUGUAUACCAAUUGUUCUUUUAUGUGUGUGCAAUGUACAUUAAUAGUAGCUUCAUAUUAAUAUUGAGUUACUAUCA